AUGGUUAUCGUCUCACCGCCAAGUGCACCUGGUCUCGGAGGACCACCCUUUGGGAGUAAGCUUUCGCCGGUAGCACUCGUCGCAGCAGCCAGCACGAACGGCUUCGUAAAGACAAUGGCGAAUAUGACGACUGCAGAAAUUAAAAGCCAAGCAUUGGAGUCCGUUCAGAGGGAGACGAGAGGAGCGACCCCCAUUAAUCUUAUUAAAACGGCUCGUAGGCUGUAUGACCAAGGGAAGGAGUACGACGCUCGCAACGACCUCAAGUCUGCGUUGAGUGCGUACGUGAAAGCGGCUUGCCUUAUCAAAGGUGCAACCGAGUCGGCUGAAAUGCAGGCGGAGAAAAGUAGCGGUCUGGUUCACAAGGAAUUCAAUGACUUUAAACCUAUACUCAAUGAUCUCAUACCACGAACAAAGACAGUAGAAGAGAAACUGAAGGCGACAGAGGUUCAGACUUCGAGCCCAGGUGAUGGUCCGAUACACAAAUACGGAGGGACUCUUGCAGACCGAUUGCAGGCACUACGAGACAAUGGUUUGGCUGUUAACACGACGUCUAAGCGGCUGUCGGUGCAGAACUCGUCUCCAGUACAGUCGCCGCCGUCUCCUAGUCGCGUUGUGCGUCAUUCCCAACCGCCACCACCGCCGGCAUCAUCAACAUCGCUGUCGGUCGCUGCGCCAUCGCCAUCUCCCCCUUCACCUCACUCUUUGGUGUCUCCCUCAUCGUUCGGCCCUCCAUCGCCCUCUUCGACACCGUCGUCUUCUCCGCUGUCGUCUCAGUAUAACCUUUCCGAAUUCACCCAAACUUUUCCACCUAUUGAUGAAUUGGAUGAAACCCCUGCGUUCCAACUACCUUCGGUUCCUACCGGGAUCAGCAACAGCUCGAGCAAGUCGUCGAAAGAUGGCCGUAACGGCCUAUCACCGGUCUCUACUGGCUUCAGCGUCGGCUCUCCACACAAAUCGCCGUCUCCACUCAAGUCCCCAACGCCUUUGCCGCAUGUUUUGCGUAACUUUACGAAUCCCAUCGAGAGGCCGUCAAGCACACCAAUUACACCUAUAACGAAUUCGUUCACUAGUCGUCCGGGAUCACCAUCGAGGGCUACAGCUACUCUAAAACCUUCCAACCUCUCCUCAUCAUCCACUUCUCCGCUCCCAAAUGACUAUUCGUCCUACGCUUCUCCCACCUUGAACGGUAGCUCGUCUCCUGCUCCACUCAUCAAUGGCAAAUCAGUCAGCAAUUCUCUUUUCCCCAAAGAUCUAAUGGGGUUGCCGACGGGCGCCAAGCUGCUUCUUAUCGACGUACGAGACAGGGCCGAUUUCCAAAGAGAACACAUUAAGCGUGAUGCCGUCAUUUGCAUAGAACCAACAAUACUACGCCGGAAAAGUAUAAAUGCGACGUCAUUGAUGGAAGCAUUGAUCAUCAGUCCUGCCUCCGAAGUUAGUUUGUUCGCCAAUCGUGAAAAAUUCGAUUACGUUGUGUUAUAUGACUGGAAUUCGACAAGCUUCGGCCCUCUAGACUCGCCGCUUUCCGUCUUGGUGCAGACAAUCUAUGAACGGGAAUUCACCCGGAUGUUGAAACAUGCGCCAAUCAUUCUUGUGGGUGGACUGGAGGCGUGGAAGAAGGAAUUUGGUGACGCAGAGGUCACUAAAGGGGACGGUGAAGUUGUGAAGCCGCCGCUUCCUUCAGCUGAGACGUUCACGCCUGUAAAUCCACCGACGGCUCAAUCAUCGGCAAGGAAUCCUUUUGCGAAUGGGACUAUCCCUUCUGCUCUGUCUUCAUCAUCCGUAGGGCAAAAUUCCACUGAGCAGCAUCAAGUGUGGACUCCAGCGCGAUCACGUGCCGACACUAACCCAGGCAACAAUUCUGUACGUGAACACAGACCAUCGUAUUCUCUAGAUCAAACAUAUAAUCAUGUUCGGUCGCCUGCUGAGGUUAAUUAUCCUAGUCGUCCUCAACCUUCAGAUGGACAAUUGGUCAGAAGACCGGCGCUAUCCCGACCGGCACUUUCUUCCUCUCCUUCCUCUACUCGGAUACCAGACUCUUUUGCAUCUCCCCCGAUGUCUCCAUCAAUUUCGGGGUUCAAUGGAAUACCUAUCACUAACGGAAUGCCACCAAUAUCAUACCCUAAUUUCCCUCGCCAUAUAUCCCCUGCACCUUCGCAGCCCUUCGUGCCAGAUAUAGCUUCUCCACCCCAGGCUUCUAUCAACUCAUCUCUUUCCAGAAGGAGAAGUGAUUAUAUUGAUCAAACACAAGAAGCACUCGCAGGACUGCAUGGUUCUCAACGUGGACCAAUAGACUAUCCUGACCUUGCGACCACACGACCGCUAAUCCGGCCUCCCCCGGCCGCCGCCCCGAGUGCUCUCGAGAGGCAAGACAACCGACCUCGUAUGAGUCGUCAGCAGUCAUUCUCUUCGCCUGUUGCUUCCUUGACGCCUCAGACCGGAGCUAUCGUGCAGUCGCCUUCUCUACCCGCCCACACUAAUUCCUUGGCUUACUGGUCCGACGUCCAGAUUGGCAUGUCUGGUUUGAAGAACCUCGGAAAUACGUGUUACAUGAAUGCUCCUAUACAGUGUCUGAGUGCGACCGUGCCGUUUGCUAGAUUCUUUACUGACGGUAGAUGGAAACAAGAUAUAAAUAAAUACAACGGAUUAGGCACGAAGGGCAAACUUAGCGGAGCAUUUGCCAAGGUAUUGCACGACCUUUGGAGUCAGGAUUUGCCCUACUUGACGCCGCUGGACUUCCGAAGAACAAUAGCACAACUACAGUCGCAAUAUGCUGGCACCGAGCAACACGACUCGCAGGAGUUCCUCAGCUUCUUGCUAGAUGGUAUACACGAAGACCUCAAUCGCGUUACUUUGAAGCCGCCUGCAGUUGCCCUGACACCCCAGGAGGAGGCUGAAAUGGAGAAGCUUCCUGCGUGCAUUGCCAGCGACAGAGAAUGGUCACGAUGGAUGUCCCGGAAUAAUAGCGUCAUCGCUGAUUAUUUCCAGGGCCAGUUCCGGAAUCAAUUGCAGUGCAUGACCUGUAACACAACUUCAACAACGUAUAAUGUUUUCUCUAUCCUUCAACUUCCCAUUCCUUCCGGCAAGCGAGUAACACUACAACAAUGCCUCAACGCUCUUUUCAACGAUGAGAUCUUGGACAAAGAUGAUGCAUGGGAUUCACGAUCACCGCCGAUAUUGCUCAUACAUCUAAAGCGCUUCGAAGCCAAUGGUCGGUUCUCGGACAAGAUCGAUACAUUUGUCGAGUUUCCGCUGAAAGAUCUUGAUUUGACGACACGGAUGCCCAUUCCGCCUAAUAAUGAAUCUCUACUUAAUGGGGGUAUUGUUAUGUCUCCUAAUGAUCCUCGGAGGCAGAUGCCACCUUACAAGUAUGAUUUAUACGGUGUCACGAACCAUACUGGCAAUUUGAGUAGUGGUCACUAUACCGCUCUGGUUCGUUCCAAUGGUCGGUGGAACUAUUGCGACGAUAGUAGCAUCAAGACUGUCGACGACAGAGAAGUAGUGAGCCAGAAAGCCUACGUUUUGUUUUACAAGAGGAAAGCAUAAUUUACUCGCUUGGUUAUUAACAUUAUUCUUACCUCAUUCAUCGUCUGUGUUUGUUACCAUCUAUACUUCCUUGCUAUAACUAUGCUAUCAUCUGUAUACUACACUUGCAUUAUAUCCUUCGGAACAGGGGACUUCUUUCUUGUACUUACUUUCGUCCAAAUCAAGCCUAAGAUUGUGACCAAAAACGAACACGUGAUGCGACGCGUUGUUGAUUUGAAUUUGAAUUGGCUUUGCCCCC